GGCGGCCCCCGGGAGGAGCCAGGCUGCCUGGCUCGCCCGGUCUCCUGGCCGGCCGAGCGCCACGCUCCUCGCACAGUCCGGGGCGCGCGGGGGGCAGAGCGGCUGGCCGGGCAGGGCCGGGGCGGCGAUGCGCUGGCGCCGGGCAAGCCCUCGGGAGCCUCGUCCGCCGCCGCCGCCGCAAGAUGCCCGGGAAGCUCCAGAACCGCUACAACCUGGUGGACGACGCGGGCGACGCGCGGGUGCCGCUGCACAACGAGGAAGCCUUCCAGCACGGCAUCCACUUCCAGGCCAAGUACAUUGGUAGCCUGGAGGUGCCAAGACCCAACAGCCGUAUGGAGAUUGUGGCCGCCAUGAGGAGGAUCCGGUAUGAAUUUAAGGCAAAGAACGUGAAGAAGAGAAAAGUCAACAUUGUGGUCUCGGUGGACGGGGUGAAGGUGCUGCUGAGGAAGAAGCCGAAGAGGAAGGAAUGGACCUGGGAUGAAGGCAAAGGCAUGGUGAUGCAUGACCCUGUCUAUCGAAUCUUCUACGUCUCCCACGACUCUCAAGAUCUCAAGAUCUUCAGCUACAUCGCCAGGGAUGGCACCAAUGACUCCUUCCGCUGCAACGUUUUCAAGUCCAAAAAGAAGACCCAGGCGAUGCGUGUGGUGAGGACAGUGGGCCAGGCUUUUGAGGUGUGCCACAAGCUCAGCCUGCAGCACGCCCUCCAGAAUGCCGACGACCAAGCUGACGGGGCUAGCAACAACUCUGCUGACGACGCUCAGAUAGAAGGUCUCCAACCGGUGGAGCCGGCCUUGGCUGACCGAGAGAACGGCCUGGCCGGGUCGGUAGGGGUGUGCCUGCCCGACUGUGGGAUCUGUGAGCUGCCUUUCUCCACGCCUGACCUGGGGGAGCUGAAAAAUGGGCUCGGCCCCAUGGCAAGGGACAGCCAGGACAAGGAGAACAGCGGCUUCCGGCCCUCCUCCGCCCAGCCCCUCGGCAGCCCCUCUUCCUCCGCCUCGGCCACCCCGCUCGCCUCCCAGCACUGCCUGCAGCUGCUGCAGCACCAGCUCCUCCAGCAGCAACAGCAGACGCAGGUGGCAGUUGCACAGGUGCAGCUGCUGGAGGACCAGCUGUCGGCCGAGACCGUGGCCCGUGUGGAGGCCCAGGCUCGAGUCCGCCAGCUGCUCCUGACGAACCGCGAUCUCCUUCAACACGUCUCCCUGCUGGUGAGGCAGCUGAAGGAGCUGGAGAUCAGGGUGCAGCUGCGGCGUCCAGUGGAGCGCUCCCUGCAGAACCUGAGCUCGGAGCACUCGCUGUCCAUCAACCUGAAGGACCACUACAGUCUGGAAAUCAACUUGUCUUCCACCUCAACACCAGCCAGCAUAGUGGGCAGCCCCACGACGCAUCUAGCUUCUUACGAAUCCCACCAGAACUUGACCAGCUUGGAGACGGGCAGCGGACUGUCCGGCAGGCUGGAGAAAGAAGAACACCUGGUAGUUCUGGAAGGGCCUGACGGACUCCGCAGCGUGGAGGGAUCUGAGGCAGACAAAUGCAGUGGAGCCAAUGGAAGCACGCAGCCAACUUGCAGUGGUCCAGAUGCAGCGAUGCUCAGGGAAAGAUUGCAGCUGUUUAUCCCCAAACUCAAUCCACCGCCACCAACUCUGCGAAGAAGAUCAAGUAAAACCAUCUCUCCCUGCUUGGAGACAGAGAAGGUUGGGGCGUCUUCUGGGGCCGUCCCUGAAGCCUCCGUGCUCAACAGCCCAGACACCCUCUUUAGGUCGGAGUCUGAAGCCAGGACGCUGGGAGGAAGCCAGAAUUCCAGCACCUGGAUCAAAACUCAAGGCCAGGAGAGUGUUGGGCGGUCAACAGAAGUCCAUACAUUGGUGGAAGCAGCUGAGAACUGGGGGGCCCCACGGCCCUUCUUGAGCAUCGAUGAAACCAGCUUGCACAUCAGUCUGUCUGAGGAUGAGCUUGACUGGAGCGGGAGCUGUGUUGCUCAGGCAUAGAAAUGCUUGAGGGACAGACUGUGGCUGAGCGCUCCACAAGACCGAGAUCCCGAAAUGAGUCCAUUAAAGUAACCUGCACGGAAGCAGAAGUUGGGAACUGAUGCUGCCAUCUCCAAACGAAGGCAACUUAGGAGGCUCUGAAGCGGGUGUCUUCCUCCAGAUACAUCUGAAGGCUCCUAAGAAGUCACACCCAACUUUUCGGCUGGUUUGCAGACCGUGAUGCCAUCAUGAGCAGUGAACAUCCAACAGGAAGCAUUCUCACUGUCUUCACUCCCACCUGGAGAAGACCUCAGUCCCGAUGGCCGAACAAAGAGCCCUGCCGGAAUUGGUCCCAAGGCUCCAAGGACACCAAGAUAUUUUAGGGGCAAAGAAGCCAGAACAGAUAAUUUGCAAGUGGCCUAGAUAAUGCAAAAACCAAAACAAAAAUGGGGCAGUUCCACCACUUGGUCAAUAAAGGUCAACCUCUGGUAGCUGAGAGAGAGCUGCCUCUAACUGGACAAUGAUUUCCAGAGGUCUCCAUGGAGUUCGUGGGAGACACGCAGGAUGCGUGGGACAGAAGCUGGCUCCUCCCAAACCAGCCAGUUUGGAGCUGAGGGGGACACAUCACUUCCCAGAAGUCUCUUUCCUCUCUGCUUCCUUUAUCAGCUCAACUGGAGUUCCACCGGAGGAGACGAAGAGACGGGAGCAAGACAGUCAGGAGAGAAGCUGGUGCUUGCAAACAAGGAGGCUUUCUUGCGUCCAAAGAAAGAGUCUGCAGAAAUUCAGGAAUGUGGGCCAAGUUGCCAAAAUCUGAGAUGUUCCCAUCUGGGGCGAGCAGAGGCCGCGAUAGCCCCCACCACCAGCCCAAACCCUCCUCAGUACCAGGGGGAUAAACACCCACCAGCAAGGAGCCGUUUGACGAUUUCACCACCUCAUUUCAGGCGCCUGGUUCACGUAGAGCCCAAAGGAUGACAAUUGCAUGGCUGAUGGUUACAAAAAGACAAGGCAGAGUCCAGAGUGGGUUGCCAAAAGGGCCAGGGGAGGGGAGGGCCCCCAAAGGAUCAGAAACAAGGUCUUCGUAGUAAAUGUCGGGCAGACACGCAUGAAGGAGCUGACUAAAGCCAUGGAACCGUGCAAAUAGUUGCCAGGUAGGUUGUGUGUGUGUGUGUGUGUGUGAGAGAGAGAGAGAGAGAGAGGGAGAUAGAGAGAGAAGAAGAAGAAGAAGAAGAAGAAGAAGAAGAAGAAGAAGAAGAAGAAGAAGAAGAAAGAAGAAGAAGAAGAAGAAGAAGAGACAAGGAAGGAAGAAAGGAAGGAAGGAACACUGUGUCAAGCUAUCCCCAACCAGGAGGCAAGAUGGCAGCUUCACAACCGAGGUUUCCCACCUCCAAACAUAAAAAGAUCUCCCUCCUGGGCCUGGACAUUUUCGGAUGCUACCAACAACAGAGAGAAAAAACAAAUAUCCUGGAUCUGCGACACACCCAAAGGGUUUCUGAAAACCACCCCAAGGCAAGCUGUAGAUUCAGGGCUGCAAAUGCUGCCACUGCAAGCCUGCGAAGCUCCUUACUGCCUUUGACCAGGCAGCAGAGUCCUCCCUUUCUCCCCCCCCCCCAGGAAAAAAACCCAACAACGAGGCCUUAACUUCUGAAUCUGAAGCCAGCUAUCAAUCUUCUCUCUGUGUUCCUCUUUCCUCCAAACAGGGAGAGAAAAAGCAGAAAAAUGCAAGGGGCUGGGGGGAGUUGGGAGUGUUCGUCACAGCCACCUUAAAAAAUAAAAAUAAAACCAAGAACUGGUGUGUAAUACAACACACCCUUUGCAAUGGCAGCGUGUCGAUUGAGGCCCCAAAGUAAUGGAAUGACGUGGCUCCCCAUUUUCAUCAACCAUGGCAGCCCCCCCCCCCGGGGGGGGGAGUUUGGGAACAAGCGAGGAGAUCGGAGAUCGUUCUGGUCCAGGCAUCAAAAUGCCUUGAGGGUUUUUGCCAAGGUCCAGACUAGAGUGAGAUUCUCUUGCUAAGGAAGAGCAAAGAGAAGAGAGACGAGAGAGCAGCCAAGGUCUUCUGCCCUGGCUGAAGAGUUUCACCAAACCGAGAGGGGGAAACGGUUGAAUAUACUAUGUAAAACCACUCAUGUUUCCAGGAUGAUAAAUGUAAUCCCGAAUUCC